CAUAUAUUUUAAUUUAAUACUUGUUACUCAGAGAAUUAACUCAAUGCUGUCGAAUAAAAUCGAUUUGUAAGUCUAACCAGAAACUUUCUAUGGUUACGAUUUGCAAUAUUCUGUUUAUCAGAGCACGGUCUCUUUGAAUAUUAAUCUUUAGAACGAGGAAUGCAUUAAGCACUUUCCUUUAGUUGUAUCGAUCCAACUGCAAGUUCAAUAACAACGUGCUGACAACUGAUAUACUCAGACACCUUCGCUCUACCUACUCCCUCAGUGUGAUAUUGUUUUAUGCUUGAGCACAUCUUUAUGGCAACUCCAAAAAUACCUCCUGCAGACAGUAGAAUCAAUCCUGAGAACAACAAAAAGUUUUCAGAUAGUUUGAUUUGGUAACUUCAUUCAACAUUACAGAGGAGUAAGCAAGCUAUGUCCACCCAAGAUAUACCAUCAAUUCUAACAGUUUUGAAUUCCAAGGACUUCUCAGUUUUUCAAUGCUUAGAUUGUCUAAAAAAGCAUAGUGAUAAUAUUGGAAUUCAUCACUCAUUAGUUCAGAAACUACGCUCCUAUAAUUAUGAUGAUCUUGAAUUUUGUAUUCCUCAGUUUGUUCAGUUAUUGGUAUCAUUUGAGACUGAUUCAAUGGCACUUGAAGAUUUCUUACUUGAAUACUCUGAAAAAUAUCCGCAUUUCAGUUUAAUUUGCUUUUGGUAUUUGCAAGCUUCCAUUUUUGAAUUGAGAAACGAUCCCGAGUCGUACUCAUUCCAAACCAUCAGGAAAUUCAUAAACAAAUUACAAAAUGUUCUUUUCAAUGCUGAAAUUAAGUCAUCCAAGACCUCAGAGUUUAGAGAAAAUCUUAUGCCUGCGUUGGUAUUAUGUGCCACAGUUGGAUCUGCCAUUGCGAGUCCUCAAUUCAACUUCUAUGCAUCAUCAUUGGUCAAAUCGCAGGGAAGACAAGAGAAGUCAUUCGUGUUUAAAUUGGCAAACUUUCAAAAAGCAUUAACCAAAAAUUUGACUAUGAAAAACCUGCGUUUAUCUACCGAAAUAGCCACUGCUUCAGAUGAUGAGGAUAUCUCAGGGAAAAGGCUUGUUAAUUCUGAAUACCAUCAGCGAUCUUCUUCUGUUCCUCGUAUACCAACAAAAAGAAGUUUGACAUUACUGUCCGAUGAAUCUGAAGCGUAUACAACGGACGACGAUGACAAGGCUUCGUUGGAAAUAGGUAGAGAGCGUGUUAUAGAACCGGUUAAUGUGGUGAAAGAUAAUAUCAAACUCGAAGAUGUUGAAUCAAGACUUAAAAUUAACACAGUCAUCAGGUCAAAGAAAAGUCUCAAGAGCCUUAAUGUCGUCGCCACAGAGAGUAAUCACAGGUUAACAAACGGGCUAAAUACUCAAGAUCCAUAUAUUUUGAAUACUCACUCUUUGCCAGACCUCUCAAAGGUAGAGUCUAGACCGUAUAUUUCGUUGACAGAUUCAGCAUCGUCUUUGAAUUUUGCCCGUUUAUCUUUUGGAGACAUACCAACUAGAAGCAAUUCACAGAAUUCUCAGAAUAGAGUUCCCUCUUACCAGCAGUUAUUGAAGGUAGUAAGAGUCAAUUAUGCAAAAAAAGAAACAGAGUUUGUAAUUGCUUUGCAAAAUAUCUCUGUUCGUCUAUCACAGGUGCCAAAGGAGGCGAGACUUUCAGCAUUACGUGCAGAAUUAUCCAUCAUUAAUGAAUCUAUACUUCCUGCAGAGAUUGAUAUCCCGCAGUUAUUUCCUAUAACAAGUAACAAGAAUAAAAAAUAUCACAAAAUCUUAAGGUUGAGUGUUAAUGAAGCCUGCGUGUUAAAUUCAGCAGAAAGAGUACCAUUCUUGCUUCUCAUUGAAUAUCUCAGCGAUGAAAUGGACUUCAAUCCAUUUUCUGAACAUAACCAAAAUAUAAUAGCCAAGAAGAAAGAGUCCAAUGCAACAAAUACAGCUAACUCCUUUUCAAAUCUUCCUGAUAGCACUAACCUUUCAAACUUGGAUGAUAAAGAUGAUAUAAAGUCGUCUAUUAUCCAGGUAGAGGCAGAUUUAGGAGAACUUCCGAUGAAGCUGCGUGAUACACCAAUUAUUGGGGAGUGGAGUCUGGAUUCAGUUGAGGAUGCUACCUUGAGAUCACCCAAAGUGAACAACGAAAAGGGUAUCGUUCAAAUAGUUCCAAAUACUGGGGACGUAUCUACUAAAGUUCUUGCUGACCAAAUGCGGAUUGCAUCAGUUAUGCUACAACAACUAGAGAGUUCUGGGCAAUCGAAUUCACAAGAAUUUAUUUCUAUCAAAAAUCGUAUCGUGCAGUCAAUGAUAUCAUUACAGGAUCAAUUUGAUUCCAUAGAUUACAAUAAGUUGAAUCAAUUGAAAGGAGAUAAACCAGAUGCCGGACAACGUAAAUUGGAGAAUGACUUUAAACUAGGUGAAGAUUGGAAUGUAAAGAGACUGAGGAUUAGAAAGUCAAGUGCUUUCGGGCAUUUUCCAAAUUGGGAUCUCUGCUCCGUUAUCGCAAAGAAUGGUGACGAUCUUCCACAGGAAGCUUUUGCGUGUCAAUUGAUUUCAAUGAUAUCAAAUAUAUGGAAGAGUAAAAAUAUAGGUGUAUGGACGAAAAGAAUGAAGAUCUUAAUAACUAGCGCAAAUUCAGGUUUAGUUGAAACUAUCACUAAUGCCAUAUCAAUUCAUUCAGUUAAGAAAUCUUUAACUGAAAUGUCGAUUGCUAAUGGAGAAAACUUAAAGGGAAGAAUAUUCACUUUACAGGACUAUUUUGAAAAAUUAUUUGGCAAUCCAGAUUCGCAAAGGUAUAAGCAGGCGCAAGAUAAUUUUGCGAGAAGUUUAGCAUCGUACUCUAUCAUAUGCUACAUCUUACAAAUAAAGGAUAGACACAAUGGAAAUAUAAUGAUUGAUGACGAAGGGCAUAUCAUACACAUUGAUUUUGGUUUUCUAUUAUCGAAUUCACCAGGGAGUGUUGGCUUUGAAGCGGCACCGUUCAAAUUAACGACAGAGUAUCUUGAUUUAUUAGGAGGGCCACAAGGUACUGCAUAUCAAACAUUUGUAACAUUAUCAAAAGCAUGCUUUCGUUGUUUGCAAAUCGAAAGCGAACUGAUCAUAAGUUUGGUAGAAUUAAUGCAAAAGGAUUCUAACUUACCAUGCUUUAAGAAUGGUGAGAAUACCAGUGUUUUGUUGCAACAAAGGUUUCAAUUACAUCUCAGCGAGGAAGAGACUGACUUAUUUGUCGAGACCGCCCUUAUUGCAAAAAGUUUGGGAAGUAUGUAUACUCGUCUAUAUGAUCAAUUCCAGAUGAUAACUCAAGGGAUUUACAGUUGAUAUUUGUCCAUUGUAUAUCUGCACGCUGGUGCGAACAAUAGUCGCUCGUAAAUAUAUUUUGCAUUGUGACCGAGCUUGCAUGUACAAAAUAUUUUAAAUGAGACUAAAAGUUGUUUCAAGUUUGUUCGGGUAUUUCAUUAUAUAAGACUUCAAAAAAAUUACUAAAUCAAAUUAAGAAUAUCGUUGUAAUCGCUACAUCACAAACUCUUAUCAUGAAGAGCCACUCAUUUUCAUUUCCCGAAAAAGCGUCCAAAUCGAAUAAGAAAGGAUCCUCCAACAAAC